CCUAUUUCGCCCUUUCCUCUUUGGUUUCACCACCACCACUCGCUCACUCCUCUCUCUCUCUCUCUCUCUCUCCUUUCUAGCUGAGAGAAAAUCAAAUCAAAUCAAACACCGUUUGAUUUUAUCCCCCUUUUCCGCUAGGGUUUCUGCACAAAUUUCCCUCCAGAAGCAGUAGAAAAGAAGAUCAAUCAGCUAUGGAUCCGGUGCCAUCGAGCGCAUCUCAUGGAAAUCUUGACGAACAAAUUGCUCAGCUUAUGCAGUGCAAACCCUUGUCUGAACAGGAGGUAAGAGGACUAUGUGAGAAAGCGAAGGAGAUUCUAAUGGAAGAGAGCAACGUGCAGCCUGUGAAAAGCCCUGUGACUAUAUGUGGUGAUAUUCAUGGUCAGUUCCAUGAUCUUGCUGAGCUUUUUCGAAUUGGUGGAAAGUGUCCUGACACUAAUUAUUUAUUCAUGGGAGAUUAUGUGGAUCGUGGAUACUAUUCUGUUGAAACAGUAACGCUUUUGGUGGCUCUCAAAGUGCGCUAUCCCCAGCGAAUUACAAUCCUAAGGGGUAAUCAUGAGAGUCGCCAGAUUACUCAGGUUUAUGGGUUUUAUGAUGAAUGCCUACGGAAGUAUGGUAAUGCCAAUGUGUGGAAGACUUUCACAGAUCUGUUUGACUACUUUCCUCUGACUGCUUUGGUUGAGUCAGAGAUUUUUUGCCUACACGGUGGUUUGUCUCCAUCUAUUGAAACUCUUGAUAAUAUUCGCAAUUUUGACCGUGUACAAGAAGUUCCACAUGAGGGUGCUAUGUGUGAUCUUUUAUGGUCUGAUCCUGAUGAUCGUUGUGGUUGGGGUAUCUCACCUAGGGGUGCUGGAUAUACAUUUGGCCAAGAUAUCUCUGAGCAGUUUAACCACACCAACAACUUGAAGCUAAUUGCUAGAGCACACCAGCUGGUUAUGGAGGGAUUCAAUUGGGCCCAUGAUCAAAAGGUGGUUACCAUCUUUAGUGCACCUAAUUAUUGUUACCGUUGUGGCAAUAUGGCAUCCAUCUUGGAAGUUGAUGAUUCCAGGGAGCGCACAUUCAUUCAGUUUGAACCAGCUCCAAGGAGAGGGGAACCAGAUGUAACCCGAAGAACACCUGAUUACUUCUUAUGAUGCAAAUGCACAAACCUCUUGAUUUUUGUGCAGAAGGCCCUGCUAACUGCUUUAUAUGCUACGAGCCUCUUACCAGUUUGUAGUUUUUUUCCUGCUAUGGUGGCGCUACUACUAUGAAAUGAAGCAUGUAAAUCAGGCAUGUGAUACUGAAACCUCAUUGAGAUGCUGUGAAAAGAUGGUGAAGCCAAUGACAGAGGGUGCAUGUAUCAUUUUUGCGCAGACAAUAUUUUAACUCUUUUUUUUUCCCUUUGAUCCUAUAUUUUUUGGUUAGAUAGAAAGGACAAUGAUUUGCUUUGUGAUAAUUCUUGUCCCUUUACAAGGACAAUCCCUGUCGUAUAAGCUUUGUAGAGGUAAGAUGAUUAUUUGUUAACACCUUUGAAUGAGUGCUCUUGUAAUUUUCUCUGAGGCCACGGCUCUAGUUUGAUUUCUCAAAGUGGUUUUGUUCAA